CGGGUAUAUAAACUGGCUGCUCACCUCCGUCAGUUCAUCAGUCGAUUGGUCAACAAGCCACAAUGAAGUUCGCCAUCGCUCUCUGCCUCUUCGCCCUGGCCUUCGCCGCCCCUCAGGAGGACGCUCAGAUCGUCAGGGACGAAAGAGUCGACAACGGCGACGGCUCCUUCAACUACAACUUCGCCGCAGACAACGGCAUCGAGACCGAGGUCGUAGGAACUCUCGGCUCUGAAGGACAGAGCAACAUGGCAGGAUACUACCUCCUCCCCCUGGAGAACGGCGGCUUCGCCCGUGUUGAGUUCGUCGCCGACGAGGCCGGCUUCCAGCCAAGAAGUGACAUCCUCCCCACCCCCCACCCCCUCCCUGAACACGUCCACGAGCUCCUCAGGAUCGCCGAGAGACAGAGAGCCGAAGGAAUCACCUUCGAGUAACAACAUCCCAGGAUACGUCCAUUCUUGUCCGUUCCCGAAUGCGUCUCUGAAUAUCCCCUACUUCCAUGUUGAUUGUGGAAUAGAUUUCGACCUCUCUUGUGUAUAGAAAUAUGAUAUAGCAAAAAAAAUUAUUUUGUAAAUUUAUAUAUAAGAAAAUAUCCGAAUAAAUGUGGUUACCCUAAGAA